UUUUUUCUGUUGUCAAGCAAGGGUCUAUUUAUAUAUUUUCUUAUUUUUAUUCUAUUUUUCUAUACAGUGUCGACAACGCCACAUGGACGGAAAGCAAACACACAAAGCGCACAGAGUGCGCAAGGCUGGUGCCAGCGCCAAUAAGAAGGUGCAGGAGAACAAAAAGAAGAAUGCUGAGAAGAACAACCCCAAGGCGUUCACGAUGCAGUCAGCGCAAAAGGCCGAUCGCAUGGCGCGGCGGAAGGCCGAGCUGAACGAGAAGAAGUACCAUGUGCCGAUGGCUGACCGUACGCCAACCAUUGCGCCCCCCCUGAUCGUCGCUGUGGUCGGGCCGCCGCAGUGCGGCAAGACGACACUGAUUAAGUCGCUCGUGCGCCGGUACACCAAGCACUCCCUGUCAGAGAUCCGCGGGCCCGUGACGGUCGUGAGCAGCAAGUUCCAGCGGCUGACGUUUUUGGAGUGCAGCAACGACAUCAGCGUCAUGACGGACGUCGCAAAGGUUGCCGAUCUGGUGCUGCUGAUGCUUGAUGCCAGCCAUGGGUUUGAAAUGGAGACUUUCGAGUUCCUCAAUCUGCUGCAGACACACGGCAUGCCCAAGGUCAUGGGCGUGCUGACCCAUUUGGACGACUUUAAGGACAACAAGCGGCAGAAGCUGGUGAAGAAGAACUUUAAGCACCGGUUCUGGACCGAAGUGUACGACGGCGCCAAGCUGUUCUACCUGUCGGGCGUUGAGAACGGCCGCUACUUGGACCGCGAAAUCUUGAACUUGUCGCGCUUUAUCUCGGUGCUUAAGCUGCGUCCGCUGGCGUGGCGCAGCUCGCACCCAUACUUGCUGGCCGACCGCGUGCAGGAUCUGACGGACCCCGAGAUUCUCGAGGCCAACCCCAAGGCCAACCGCACGGUUGCUCUGUACGGAUACCUGCGCGGCACGCACAUAAAGGGCAACGACCGCGUGCACAUUCCCGGCGCCGGCGACUACCAGCUCGAUCAGACCGAGUCGCUCACCGAUCCUUGCCCGAUUCCUGAUAAGGAGCGCAAGCGCCUGGAUGAGCGCCACAAGCUCAUCUACGCGCCCAUGUCCGAGGUCAAUGGUGUCAUGUACGACAAGGACGCCGUGUACAUUGAUGUCCGCAAGACAAAGCAUGAGGAGAAUGCUGAGGACGGCGAGGGCGAGAAGAUGCUUGGCGAGCUGCAGAAGGCUACCGGCGCGGGUGAUCGACUGGCCGUGCAACAGUUCAACCUGUUCUCGGGCUCCAAGCCCAUCUCUGCGGAUUCGGUCCGUCGCCCGGCGGUCUUUGGUGAUGCCGCUGCUCUGUCUGGCGCUGAGGAGAGCGGCGACAAUGACAGCAGUGAUGAUGACGACAGCGAGCAAAGUGAGAACUCGGACGACUCAAAUGAUUCGGAUGAUUUGGAUGACUCGGAGGAGGGAAGCGAUGAUUCGGAUGAUGAUUCAGGCGAUGAUGAGAAGGCCGCAAACGCAACUCCUGCCGUCGUCGACUAUCGCGCCCAGCGCAUCGCCGCCCACAACAGGGUUUUUGGCGUUGCGCAGUCCAAGGAGGACUCGGACUCGGACGACGAGGGAGCCGACGAUCUUCUGCGCCGUGUUCACAGCGACGCCAGCGAUAACAACAGCGACAGCGACGCCAGUGAGAAUGACGAGGACAACAAUGAGCGACUGGCACCCAUUCAUCUGGGCACCAAGCGCAUUAACCUGAUGGACGUUGUGUACGGCGAUGCUAGCAAGACGAAGUCGAAGGGCGGCGAUGACGACAACGAGGACAACACCAAGUCCCUGGCAUUCGCUGAUGACCUGGAUGAGCGCGCGCUGUUCAAGUUUUUCAUCACCAACCCAGGUGACAGUGGUGAUGAGGCCGGCGAUGGCAGUGACGCUGAGGCGGGUGCGGACGCCGACGCCGCAAUGGGUGAUUUCCAGGACCUGGAACUCGGCUCCGACGCCGAAGAAGGCGGCUCUGCGGCCGCCGGCGCAAAUACCAACGGCGGCAAUUCUGACUCGGGUGAGGAGGAGGAGGACAACAAGUUUGGCUUGAGCGGCGACAAGAUGAAGAAACUCAAGAACAAGUUCGACAAGCUCUACGACUCUGAUGAAGACGCUGAGACGAGGGACUUUUAUCAGCAGCAGAAGGACGAGCUGCAGGGCUACGUCGACAAUACGCGCAAGGAGAUGGACGAGCUGGCUGACAUCAACUACCGGUGGUCCGGCGAGUACGUCAAGGUGGUCAUCGAGGACAUGCCGUACGAGUUCAUGCAGGGAUUCCGCCCCGAGACGCCCGUCAUCGUUGGCGGCAUCUCCAACGAGGAGGGCUUGUCACUGAUCAAUCUGCGCAUCAAGCGUCACCGCUGGUACCCGCGGAUCCUCAAGAACAAUGACCCCAUUGUUGUCUCUGUCGGCUGGCGGCGGUUCCAGACGAUUCCGACGUACUUCAUGAACGACCGCAUCAUGAACCGCAUGCUCAAAUACACGCCCGAGCACAUGCAUUGCGGCGCAGCGAUCUACGGGCCCUACGUGCAGCCGGGAGCCGGAUUCUGCGCGUACUACCUGAAGCGCACGCACAACUUUGGAAUUGCAGCCACGGGCACGGUGCUGGAGAACAGCCAGACCAUCGACGUGGUCAAGAAGCUCAAGCUGACUGGUUUCCCCGAGAAGAUCCACAAGAACACGGCGUACAUCGGCAAGAUGUUCAACUCGCCGCUCGAGGUGGCCAAGUUCGAGGGCGCGUCGAUCAAGACCGUCAGUGGAAUCCGCGGUCAGGUCAAGAAGUCGGCAGGCGAGAACGGCCUGUACCGCGCGACGUUUGAGGACCGGAUCAAGAUGAGUGACAUUGUGUUCCUGCGCUCGUUCCACACGAUCCCGAUCAAGAAAUUCUACAACCCGAUCACGUCGCACUUGUCCAUUACCUACAUGCGGUCGAUUGCCGACAUUCGCCGCUCCAAGAACUUGGCCGUGCCGAACAAGAAGGAUUCGCACUACAAGCCUAUUGUGCGUGAGGUCAAGCGCUUCAACCCGCUCAAGAUCCCCUCGGCGCUGCAGGCCGAGCUGCCCUUCAAGAGCAAGCCCAAGAUUGUCAAGACCAACGCAAAGUCCAAGGCUGUCGUCAUGGACAAGCACGACAAGCAGGUGGCUACACUUCUGGGCGAGAUCAACUUGCUGCACAAGGACAAGUCGAAGAAGCUGCGGGAGAAGGUGCAGACGCAGAAGGCCGAGUACAAGAAGCGGAAGCUGGCCGAGGACGCCGAGGCGGAUGCACGUCGCAAGCAGAAGCGCAAGACGUUCUUCAAAAUCGAGGGCCAGCACCAGAAGGGCAGGAACUCGAGGGACUGAGCAAGCACGUAUAUUUUUCAUUUUCUAUUCAAUUUUUUCAUUUCAAAAGCCGAGGUUUCCUUCAUAUUGCCGGCCCGCAUAUUUUGUGUGUGGGGGAAAAAAAGCAAUUGCAAAGAGCAAAAUCAAUGCCGUUUCGCAAGUGCCUUUUUGGAAUGCCGCUGCCAUCACCACUGUAAUGUUUUUUUUGGAUAUUUACGCA